AUGCUCAAUAUCGAACACAAAGUAUUAGAGAAGCGAACUAUUCGCAUUCUCGCCGUGCCGCCCAUUUCACCGACCCUCCUGGGUCUCCCAGCUGAACUUCAGCUGCAUAUUAUCUCGCAUCUCGACUACCCCUCAUCGCUGGCAUUAUCGCAAACAAAUAAACAACUCCACUACAUAGUCCCAGUGCAAUCGCCUCGAACAUCAGCGCAGAAAAUGGCAUUUUUGAAUGCGGUGGAAACAUGGCAAAGAAACAAUACCAAAUUCGGCUGCAAAUAUUGUCUAAAGCUCCGACCAGGCCAUACAUUCGCCGACAACCAACUAAAUGGAAAACGAGGGAAAGGAGGCCCAGAAUGCGACCGUCGAGUCUGUCUAGAUUGCGGCUUUCGCAAUCGAAUUUAUCAGCCAGGACAGCCAAUCGUUGUGAAUGGUCGGGAACAAAUUCUGUGUUCGCUCUGCGAGGAGAGACGACGGUAUGGAUUAUAUUGUAUGCUUUGCUGGCGGUGCGAGAAUUGCUUUGUCAAGUAUAAUAUGCCGAAGGUCCCAUUCCAUACCAGUAUGGAGCAGUAUAUCAGACAACACGGAUGUCCGCGCUGUUCGCAUCAUCUGGAAGAUUUGGGGAGCCCGGAUUUGGAAUCUACGGUUUCGUUUGAAGAGGUUUUGUCGCGGAUGAGGAUGGCGAGGUCGGAGAAGGAGUUUGGAGAGGUGGCUACUGCUUCAAAUUGGUAUGAGGAUUAUCGCUGA